UGGGAGAAAAACCCCUGAGAUAACGGCGCGAUCCGCGGCACAAUUACCUGCGUGCGCGUCUCUUCCUGUCAAUCUGGCUGGAGGAUUUGUUGGACUCUCCGGAGCGUCUCUGCAUCUGUGAGGAGGAUGUUGUUGUGGCUGGUUUUGGUCCUGCCUGCCCUCUCUUCGGCUCAGCGAUCAGAGCCCAUGUUCUCAGCUAUAACCAAGACCGUCCUUCCUCCGGACUACGAGAACAAUCCCACCCAGCUCAACUAUGGCAUGGCCAUCACUGACGUGGAUGGGGACGGAGAUCUGGAGAUAUUUGUAGCUGGCUACAAUGGCCCAAACCUGGUGCUGAAGUACGACAAGCACAGGAAAAGUCUUGUUAACAUAGCCGUCGACAACCGCAGCUCCCCGUUCUACGCCCUCAGAGACCGCCAAGGCAACGCCAUCGGGGUGACGGCGUGUGACAUCGACGGGGACGGACGGGAGGAGAUUUACGUCCUCAACACCAACAACGCUUUCUCCGGUCGGGCGACGUAUUCAGACAAGCUGUUUAAGUUUCGUAAUGGGCGCUUUGAAGAUCUGCUGAGCGAUGAUAUUAACGAGCACAGAGAUGUGGCCAACCCUAUGGCGGGGCGCUCAGUGGCCUGUGUGGACAGAAAGGGCACCGGCCGUUAUGCUAUCUACAUAGCUAACUAUGCCAGUGGCAACGUGGGUCCUCACGCUCUCAUCGAAAUGGACGAGGCAGCGAGCGACCUUUCACAGGGCGUCGUCGCCCUCUCCAACGUGGCGGAGCAGGCCGGAGUUAACAAGUUGAUCGGAGGGAGAGGUGUCGUAGUGGGACCCAUAGUCAGUCAAACUCUGUCUGAUGUGUUUUGCGACAACGAGUACGGGUCUAACUUUUUGUUCAGGAACAACGGUGAUGGCACAUUUACUGACGUGGCACAGCAGGCUGGUGUGGAGGACCCCAUGCAGCAUGGAAGAGGGGUGGCACUGGCAGAUUUCAACCGCGAUGGCAAGACGGACAUUGUCUACGGGAACUGGAAUGGGCCUCAUCGUCUCUACAUGCAGCUGAACAACCGCAAGCAGAAAUUCAAGGACAUAGCGUCCCAGAAGUUUUCCAUGCCGUCCCCGGUUCGAACCGUUAUUGCCGCAGACUUCGACAAUGACAACGAGCUGGAGGUCUUCUUCAAUAACAUCGCCUACAGGGGCUCGUCCGCCAACAGGCUGUUCAGGGUGAGCAGGAGGGAACAUGGGGACCCCCAGAUAGAAGAGCUGAACGUCGGUGAUGCAGCGGAGCCUGAAGGACGAGGAACCGGAGCUGUAGCCACGGACUUCGAUGGCGACGGCCGUUUAGAGCUGCUGGUGUCUCACGGGGAAAGUGCGGCGCAGCCUAUCUCCGUCUACAAAGUCAACCAGGGCACGGCUAACUCAUGGCUGCGGGUGAUUCCCCGGACCAAGUUCGGAGCUUUUGCCAGAGGAGCUAAAGUGAUGGUGUACACAAAAAAGAGCGGCCAGCACACGCGGAUCAUUGACGGGGGGUCAGGGUACCUGUGUGAGAUGGAGCCUGUCGCACACUUCGGCCUGGGGAAGGAUGUGGCCACCAGUGUGGAGGUGUACUGGCCGGACGGCCACUCGGUGGCCCGACCCCUGGAGCCUUCAGAGAUCAACUCAGUGCUGGAGAUCCACUACCCAAGAGACGAGGACGAAGUCACUCCCACUGUGGAAAUACAGUGCGGUCACGGGUUUGCCCUGAAUGAAAAUGGCCGCUGCACAGAUAAAAAUGAGUGUACCCAGUUCCCCUCUGUGUGCCCCUCCGAUCGCCCUAUCUGCACCAACACCUAUGGCAGCUAUAAGUGCCGCGCCAAGAGGAGAUGCAACCAGGGCUUUGAGCCUAACGAUGAUGGGUCAGCCUGUGUGGCCCAAGUGGCUUAUUUUGGGGGCACGAGGUCGUCCGGGGAAUGCAAGUGGUCGGCCCUUUCCUUCUGGCUGCUCUCCAUCUCUGUACUACCGCUCAUCUCUCCCCAUCUCCAGACUGGACUGUUGUAGCUGCUGCUAACUCUCUCCACUGCUGGACGGGGAUGUACAGAAACUCUCAGAGCAAGCUUUUCACGGAAAAAAAAAGACAAAAAAAAAAAGAUUCAUCAUGGAUCACCGCUAUCUUUAUCCAUCAGUUAUUUACAGUCUCGUCACUGCUGUGUCACCUCUUGGCUCCCGGCCCCCUCUGGACUGUAAAGAAACACACAGGGAGCAUGCUCGCUGGGAGCUACAGGGUUCAGAACUAACUGUGUCACACCCGCAGAGCCCUCACGUCAUCACCUGGCACUUAUCGUAGUGGGACCUGAACCGAGGCCAAGUCAAUAAGCGGAGCGGCAUAAACCGCUGCACACACAGCAGACAGAUCUACUGGCUCCGCAGACCACGUUCAUUAGAGACACGCUGAGGCCCCAUCUGUAUCUCCACAACGCUGCUUUGCUAAUCCCCGCAGUGUCGCUCUUCUUCUUAAUACGGGCUUGCUGGGAUGCUGAGGAACACCAGGUCUCCAGGCUUUAGGUUUUGUGUGCGUAUUAAUAUGUUUGCAUGUGUGUAUGUGCGAAAGAAUGAGUGUGCCCCGUUCAAAGUGGCAGUUGGAGCAUAUGCCGGACCAUCUGGCUCCAAUGGUAGGUGGCAUUUUGUCACCUAUGAAUAAUAACAGCACAGAGAAGAAGAUAAACACUUGUCUUUGCUUGUGUGUGUGUGUUAGACAGAGCACAAGAGUAGGAAGGAGCGAAUUUCAAUCAACUUCUAAUUGAAUCCAUGACCCAAAUAAAGACAUAUUGUUAAUGGCAUAAUUGCCUAGGUCAUAGGUCUUCAACAGGGCGUUCGUGACUCCAAGGGGUUUCGCAGAGGUACUGCAGGGGGGUCGCAAAAUCGUUGGUUGACAUUUUCUACAUAUAUAUAUAUAAUUUCACCCCACAAAUUCAGAGAGACCCUAUUCAGUCCCCAGGUAAAUUCCCAUGUAUGUAUGUAUAUGUCAGGUAUACAUACCGUUGCACGUUUGAAAUAAAAAAAUAAAAUAAAAUUGGACCUGUUUAUUAUUUGAAUAGCUUAAUAUUGAAUGCAAAAUGAUAAUAACAAUAUAUAUUAAUAAAUAGCACUAGGGUGAGUUUAAUAAUUGAUACAUAUAGUAGGUCGGGGGUCCCUACUUAAUCUCUCCAUGACUUUGUGGGUCCAUGGCCUGAAAAACGUUGAAGUCCCCUGUCCUAGGUCAUUUUGUUGUUUGAAAAAAACACAAUUCUUAGCAAGCACAUUGGUAUUGUAUUGUAACAGGAAGUCAAAAAUGACUUAGGAAAUUAUGCUAUUAGGCUAAAGAUAUUACAAAAAUACAGCUUUUUUUUUUCAAAUUGAGAUAGAUGAUUUCCUCAAACCACAUGACCCUGUAGAUUAUUAUUAAUUACUGCACUCAAUCCCAAUUAAACCCUGUUUCUAUACUAUUUUCAGUCUCAGAUUUGGGACUGACUCAAAAUAAUAAUGAUAAUAAAAAAUCUGUCUCGUGUGCUGUCGAUUGUAAUGAAUGAACAUGUAAGAGCACAAAUGUCCAGCUCACUCAUGUGUUUUUUUUAAUUAUGUUUUAACAAUGAUUUCACAGAGUGAUACACAUGAUGCCUGGAUUAACCCAUUGAUAUUUUUAGGACUAAAAAAAAAUACACUAUAUGGCAGAAAGUAAGAAUGUGUGGGUAUUUGUUAAAUGUAAAAAGAAAAACCUAUAUGUGAGGUGGUUUCACAUGGCGUUCACAGUCAAGCCUUCGGCCCAGUGUAGCCGACUAAAAUCCACAAAACGCGCCGAGCCCUUCGCUUUUUUUUUUACCAAAGUGCGAGCUACGGACAUGGACAUUUUUGUGUCACUGCCAACUUUUAGGACAUACUUUGGCAAAGAAAAGAUGACCAAAAAAGUGAAAACAUUUUUUUUUUUUUUUUCCCGACAGCGGGUUUGUUUCCACACUAUUCUGCAGGGGAGCAUCAGUUCUCGUCUCAGCAGACCCACAGCAGAGACUACGCAACGCAACUCCCACCUCAUUCAGAGCUAGACCAGAGUCAGUGACAUAGCAGGGGAUAAUGCUCAUCAAAUGUUGGCCGGUACAGUCCUCCAGAGUAGUGAUUACGUGUGUGUGUGUGUGUGUGUGUGUGUGUGUGAAAGAGAGAGAGAUUCAUGGAUGUAUCCCUCUUCACUCGCUGAGGCAUGUGUUAAAAAUAUAUUUUGGAAAUUUUUAGCUUCCAGCCUCACACAUUCUGUUUGAGAUACAUCCUCACGCUCGGCCCCGCUGACAUAAUCCGCUGAUAAGUUGAACCCGGGCCACAGAUGCCACCUGUAAAUAUCAGCUGAGAUUUAGAGACUGGACUAAUUUCUCUCCGAGACAUAUUUAAUGACACGUAGAGGCAUCGUCUCAUGAAGAACUAAUAAACAAACGAUGACGGAUGUGUUAAAGGCAAUUAAAAUGAUUCACCGCGGAUCCUCGGUGACAGUGCUGUCAUGCUCCCCGUGCAAGCCAAAGAAUCUGAAGAGCGAAAGUCACCCAGACCGUGUCCACUCGUGUCAGACAUUUUAAUAUGGGUUCAGCUGGGGUCGCUCUUAAUAUGAUGGUGUAUUUUUUUUGUAGAUUGAAUCACACUCUUGGGUCACACUUGAACUGGCCGAGGUCUGAUGUGUUCGCUCACAGUCUGCAUGAAUAACAAGAUCUACAAGUGUUUAUCAAAAGUGCACGCUCUAAAAGGACACAGCUGUGGGUGUUUUUAACCCGUCGUGCUAACAUUCUCCUUCUUGACCUCCACAAUAAUAAUAACGGUGUCGUUCAUUUGUUGUCAGACGUGGUUGUGUGAAUGUAGUUUGUACAUUUUCCUAUAUUGUGGAAUUUCAGCUGAUACUGAAGUUUGUAACUUGAGAGAGAGGAUGCUAGUAAAAAUGGUUUAACAUG